AUGACUAACACGCGUAAUAUCAAGUUUUGGAUAUGCAUGGUGUGCGUGGCGACAUCAUUGGCAGCACCGGUACCACUACAGCUAGAUAUCAUCGAUAUGGCUGCCAUCAGCAGAAUGUCACCACAACAACUCGAAGCACUAGCUGAAGGCUUAGCGGCAGACGAAAUUAUGAGAACAAAGAGAUCUUCAGCGCAUACGUUAACAUCAGCAGUCGUGUCCAAGGCCUCUUCAGGGAUACAGAGUAAAGUGGGUCUGUUAGGACAAGCGUCGGCUGGUGUCACAUCGUUCAUAUCAUCCGCCUCUAGCAAAUCUGGGCAUCACGAUCAAGGAUAUUCAUAUGAACCACAUAGCGAGAAAGUUGACUUCUUGGGCUUAAAGAAAUCCAUCCUAUACACCUUGUUCCAAGCCGUCAAAGCUAUUACUGGUGGAGUCACCAUAUUAAAGGGACAGCUUAUCAAAGGAGGUGGAGCCUUAGCUGCUACUUUAGGAAAAGUGAUCUCGUCUAAGGGAGAUGCAGUCAGCAAUUUUGGAAAGAAAAUUGUCAGUUCUGCAGCUUUGAGUGAAAAGAAGCCAGUGUCCACAGCAGUAUACGGACCUCCGCCCACCUCACACAUAGAAUAUGGCCCACCGAGCGCAUACGGUGCUACGGCACCACAGUACUCUCAUACUGCCCCUUCAGCCCCUACUGGCUUUGGGGCACACAAGUACCCAGCGCAUUUAGAUGGUAAGAUAUCACUCAACAUAUACCUUAAU